GAAAAGGAAAACUAUUAUUUUAAUGUUAUUUAUUUUGAUUUAAUAAAAAGCAGAGAAACAGGAAGGCGAAAAUGAGACUCAUCGCGAAGCUUCAUAUAUUCUAAUUCCCAUCGUAAAUUCAGCAGAGAAGAGAGAGAAUUGAAACCCUAGUGAGAGAAAGGGGAAGAGAGAGAGAAAAUGGUUUUCUACUUCAAGGCGCGGCCGGAGGCUGGGGAUUUCACCAUAUUCAUGGGCCUCGACAAGUACGAGAACGAGGAGCUCAUCAAAUACGGAUUCCCGGAAGAUAUUUGGUUCCAUGUGGAUAAAAUGUCUUCAGCCCACGUUUAUCUGAGAUUGCACAAGGGUCAAACUAUUGAUGAUAUAUCUGAAGGUGUAUUGGAAGAUUGUGCUCAACUAGUCAAAGCAAAUUCUAUCCAAGGAAAUAAAGUAAACAAUGUCGAUGUUGUCUACACUCCUUGGCAGAAUCUUAAGAAGACUGCAUCAAUGGAUGUUGGGCAAGUUGGUUUUUACAAUUCAAAAAUGGUUCGUACUGUGAGAGUCGAAAAGCGAAUAAAUGAGAUAGUCAACCGGUUAAACAGGACAAAAGUGGAAAGAACUCCUGAUCUGAAAGCCGAACGGGAGGCCGUAAAUGCAGCAGAAAGAGCGGAAAGGAAGCAGCAGCUCCGUGAAAAAAAACGGCGGGAGGAGUUGGACAGACUUGAGAAAGAGAGGCAGGCUGAAUUAAGGAGCUACAAAAAUUUGAUGGUAGCUGAGAAGAUGACGUCUAACAAGGACAUAGCGUCUACCAACAAGUCCCUUCAAGAACUCGAGGAAGAUUUCAUGUGAACACAAAAUGCUUCAACGAUCCCUGAACAUUCAGCCAUUAAUCGAGAGUUUGAGUCUUUUGGCCACAAAGGGGCCGAGGACCAGAAUGGAGUUCAAGAGCAAAGAUAGCCCACGCGCCGUCAGAUAGGUAUUUUUCCGAUUCGGUCAUGUCCUUAAGACACAUUGAUAUGCUAAGGAGCUUUGUGAAAUCUUGAGAUAUUGAAGCUCCCAAAUUGUAGUAAUAAUAUGCUGGGAGCAAAGAUUCAUUUAUAUAGAGGGUACUGCCCCAAUUUGAUCUAUUGAAGCUCUGAUAUGCAUUGUUA